AUGGCGGAGUUCAAAAUUCCUCAGGGAAAGGAGCGGUUUGUGAAGCUGUUAGGGCUCACUGUCAUUGGUUUAUUGACACUUCUCGUGAUAUUUAACGGUACUAGCUUUAGCGGUUCUAGUUCACUUUCUUCUGGUGGUGCUAUCAAGUCUGGCAAAUACAAAGUCGAUGAAAUUAAGUACCCAAAGUACACUGGGAAGAAAGAAAAGGCCACAUUUGUAACUUUGGCACGUAACUCUGAUCUUUAUUCUCUACUUCCAGCUAUCAAAUCUGUAGAGGACCGUUUCAAUCAUAAGUUUCAGUACGAUUGGGUUUUUCUGAAUGAUGAAGAGUUUACAGAAGAGUUCCAGAGGGUUACUACGUCGAUGGUCAGUGGUAAAACUAAGUAUGGAUUGAUUCCAAAGGAACAGUGGACUUUCCCACCACAUAUUGACAAGGAAAAAGCAGCCGAGACCAGAAAUCAGAUGAAAGAGGAUGGAAUAAUUUAUGGUGAUUCGAUUCCUUACAGGUUUAUGUGUCGUUACGAAUCGGGUUUGUUUUAUAGGCACCCAUUAAUGGAGGACUAUGACUGGUAUUGGCGUGUGGAACCCGAUAUCAAAUUGUACUGUGAUAUUGACUAUGAUGUUUUCAAGUUUAUGAAGGAUUACUACAAGAAGUACGCGUUUACCUUCUCCAUCAAGGAAUAUGUCGGCACGAUCAAGACCUUGUGGGAUACUACAAAAGAAUUUAUGACCGCGCAUCCCGAGCAUUUGGCAAAGAAUAACAUGUUGGAUUUCAUCAGUGAUGAUGAUGGUGACACUUAUAACUUGUGUCAUUUCUGGUCAAAUUUCGAGAUCGCAUCACUAGAUCUAUGGCGUAGUAAGGCCUACAGUGACUAUUUUGAUUGGUUGGACCAAGCCGGUGGAUUCUUUUACGAGAGAUGGGGAGAUGCACCUGUUCACUCAAUUGCAGCUGCACUUUUCCUAGACCGUAGUGAGAUUCAUCACUUCGACUCCAUGGGUUACUAUCAUCCACCUUUCCACCAAUGUCCCGUGGACGAAGAUGUCAGAUUGAACCACAAGUGUGAUUGCAACCCGAAGGAUGACUUCACUUGGAAAAGUUAUUCGUGCACUACGAAAUUUUACACCGUUAACGGCAUGACAAAACCAAAGGGCUGGCACUUACACGCAGGUUGA